UCACCUGGCAAGGCAGUGGGCACCGAGUCACCAGGCACGACAGCGGGCUCUGAGUCAAUUGGCACGACAACGGGCACCGGGUCAUCAGGUACCGGAUCGUCUGGCUCGACAGCAGGCACCGGGUCAUCUGGCGCUGGAUCGUCUGGCUCGACAGCGGGCAUCGGGUCACCAGGCAUGACAGCGGGCACUGGGUCAUCAGGCAUUGGAUCGUCUGGCUCGACAGCGGGCAUCGGGUCACCAGGUAUGACAGCGGGCACCGGGUCAUCAAGUACGGAUCAUCUGGAUCAACAGUGGGGCAUCGAGUCAACUGGCCUAAUAGGAUCAUCAGGCUGGAUCAGUUCAUCAGGCUGGGCUGAAUAGAGGCAGCAGGCUGAAUAGAGGCAGCAGGCUGAAUAGAGGCAGCAGGCUGAAUAGAGGCAUCAGGCCGGGUAGAGGCAUCCGGCUGGGUACAGACAUCAGGCUGGACGGCAGGCUGACCGGUUUGGAUACUGGCAGGAUGGUACUGGUUGGAAAG